AUGUCAUAUACUUUAGCAGAGAUGAUCUCCCUCAACGUGUAUGCAAUUCUUUUGCAAAUUACUUUUGUUUCUCCGGCAAAUCUCGUGUUCGUUGAAUCGCCAAGCAACACCAAAAUUGUUGAAGGACAGAGCACUAAACUUUCAUGUGUCGCCAGCUACACGGGUACGUUACCCACAACUGGUACAAUAUCAUGGCAGAAAUUUGGCGAAAUUAUUAAUCCCGAGACGGAUCGUUUUAUUCGAGGUCGAUUUUCUAUACACUAUGUGAUAACUAAGUCGUUGAUGUUGAGUAAUCUUAAAAUUGAAGAUAUCAUCAGAAGCGAUUCUGGUGAAUAUUCUUGCUAUGUGACGAAAAAUGGAACGUCAGGUCAGGUAAUAGCCCGGUCAGAUGUGGCUACAAUCACUGUCCUUGAGAUACCAGCAUCUAUGUAUCCUUUAUGUCGGUCAUCAUCUGAUAGUGUUGUGCAAGGAGAACAAAUUCUCCUCUCAUGCUUUUCUGAAAAA